GCAGACCAAGGAACAGUCGCAGCUGACUGCCACCCAGACUCGCACUGUCAACAAGCAUGGCGAUGAGAUCAUCACCUCCACCACCAGCAACUACGAGACCCAGACUUUCUCAUCCAAGACUGAGUGGAGGGUCAGGGCCAUCUCUGCUGCCAACCUGCACCUAAGGACCAAUCACAUCUAUGUUUCAUCUGUUGACAUCAAGGAGACGGGCUACACCUACAUCCUUCCCAAGAAUGUGCUUUAGAAGUUCAUCUGCAUAUCUGAUCUUUGGGCCCAAAUCGCAGGGUACCUGUAUGGGGUGAGCCCACCAGAUAACCUGCAGGAGAAGGAGAUCAGCUGCAUCGUGAUGGUGCGGCAGUGGGGCACCCAUCAGACUGUGCACCUGCCUGGCCAGCUGCCCCAGCACGAGUACCUCAAGGAGAUGGAACCCUUAGGCUGGAUCCACACUCAGCCCAAAGAAUCCCUACAGUUGUCACCCCAGGAUGUCACCACCCACACCAAGAUCAUGGCUGACAACCCAUCUUGGGAUGGCGAGAAGACCAUUAUCAUCACGUGCAGCUUCACUCCAGGCUCCUGUACACUGACGGCCUACAAGCUGACCCCCGGUGGCUAUGAAUGGGGCUGCCAGAACACAGACAAGGGCAACAGCCCCAAGGGUUACCUGCCUUCACAUUAUGAGCGGGUCCAGAUGCUGCUGUCCGACUGUUUCCUUGGCUUCUUCAUGGUCCCUGCCCAGUCCUCAUGGAACUACAACUUCAUGGGCGUUCGGCAUGACCCCAACAUGAAGUACGAGCUGCAGCUGGCGAACCCCAAAGAGUUCUACCACGAGGUGCACAGGCCCUCCCACUUCCUCAACUUUGCCCUCCUGCAGGAGGGGGAGGUGUACUCCACAGACUGGGAGGACCUCUAUGCCUAGUUGCUUCCCUGCCUCCUGCCUCAGCGCCCCCCACCCCCCGCAGGCUGGUAACAUUCAGCAGCUUGGCCCUUUCCAUGUGUGUGUGCUUAUUGUGUUGUUGACUUCUUGAUGGCCUCAUCCUGAAUAAAAUAUAGUAAUAAAUUUUGUAUAAAUA